UUCAUUCGAGCGCGCAUCUUUGUUAUUACCGUUCGUGUUAAUUUUUUCCAUAAAAUUCUGAAGUUGAUUAAGAAUAAUUCAAAAUGCAAAACUCAGAUAUAAUAUCCUCUUUGUUUUGGUUUAAAAAUGAGAGUGAAGAAGAAGAUAAAGAUUAUUUGAUACUGGAACAGUUUGUGCACAAUGUUGAAGAUUUUAGUUCCCAGUAUGGCAGUGAAAUCAGUGUUUCAUAUACUGCAUUUAAUCUUCGUGGACCGCCCUCUAAUUUUCCUGACUACGGCGACUAUCCCCAAGCCUUCGUUAUGGUAAAAAGGACCUAUGGGACUUGGUGGGAAGAAGCCCCUUCAGCGCAGAAGGAUUAUAUGCCACAAAAUGCUAGUGCAAUCACUAGUCAGGAUUUCGUUGAAGUGUCCUUCGAAAAAGCAGUCUACCCACUGGAGGUGUCGAUCUUCGAGACCUAUAAUCCUGGAGCACUGGUCCGCAUUUGGGCACUGGGUCCUACAGCCUGGAUGUUACUAUGGGAAGGAGAACCAGAGUAUGUGGGAGACACACCGAGGAUAUUCAGUCCUCCGAUAAGGCAAAUCAAUGUUCCAACACGGAUUUUGAGAUUGGAAUUCAACCACAAGCUACUACCUUACUACACUGAGUUGGAUGCGGUACUCCUACGUGGUAGACAGCCAGCGAAUUUAACCAAGCAUUUAAGAAACAACUUCUCUUACUCUUCGCUCUUCUAUAAGCCUGUAGUAGAAAAAGGUCAGCUGCUGAACCGAAUAAUUGCUUCCAACCUUCACGAGAAUAUCGCGCCACAGAUUGUAACGCCAAGGGGUCAGAAGCAAAUCGACACUGGACCACCACUUGGAGACUUCCAGCAGUUACCUGAUGAGACCACACUCUGCGUGAUGAAGUACUUGGACAUCCAGUCACUCUGCCGAUGCGCUCAAGUCAACAGGCAUUUCAACAGACUCGCUUCUGACUACAUACUGUAUAGGAGCAUAGACCUCAGACCUUAUUGGCAUUGCGUACAAUCUCAGGUGCUGGCAACUCUAUCGAUGCGCUGCAAAUUCCUUCAAAAACUAGAUUUAUCUUGGUGCGGGAGUCAUCGCAUGAUACAGCCCAAUUAUGUAGUAAAUUUCCUGAAAGACAGUGGCGCAGAAUUAACACAUCUUCGCAUGAAUUGUUGCAAAUUCGUUGACAACUCCGUGCUAAGAGCCAUCGUUGACACCUCCACAAGUUUACAAGAGUUAUGCCUCCGAUCAGUAGUUGGCUGUUCAGACUGGAUAUGUCUAUCUGCUUUGAAAAAACUCAAGCGUUUGGAUCUAUACAGAACUGAUAUAACUACUUCAGCUGCCGUAGCCAUCAUCAGAUCCAACCCUGGGUUACGUCAUCUUAAUGUUGGUUCAUGCAAAAUGAUAUCGUCGAUGGACGAAGUGGCGAUAGCAUUAGGCGGUAAUUGCCCAAACUUGGUGUCUGUGGACUUCUGGAAGUCGUACUCAUUGACUCCUAACGGUAUCAGAGCAUUAGGUAACUGCAAAAUGCUGCAGGAGUUGGAUGUUGGCUGGUGCUUGCAAGCAGGUGGUUCUGGAGAGUGGUUGGGCUGGUUAUCAGUCGGCGAGCUUCGCAAACUAUUCCUCGGGGCUCUGCGCGGUGUCUGCGACCGAGACCUUCGCUCCUUGAUACCCAGAGCACCAAAAUUGGCGCAGUUAGAUCUGUUGGGAGUCAGGGCGGUUACCGCUGAUAUUUGCGAUUCGAUCCUAGCUGAAUGCAAAGAUCUAAGGCUGCUGGACGUCAGUUUCUGUGAUCAAAUUCAAGAAGCUCAGGUAGUGGAAUGGCGUGAGCAAUACCCACACGUAAGCAUAAAGCGUUCCUUCCAAUCAGCCAACUUAAACACGGCACCGAACCCACUAUUCUUAGCGCCUAGUUUAGAAUAGAUUUAGACUUACAAAUUAUAAUAAAGGUUCAUUCACAUGCAAGCUAUUUCAUAAAAUGUUAAAAAAUGGUUACCGCCAAAAAUUUGCCGCGGUGGUCUGUGGUUUUUAUAAGCCCUAAGAUUAAUUUAUUAUGUUUAACAGCUUACUCAUGUAACUGUUUGGGGAAAUAACUUUUUUUUGAGUGGGGAAUAUUGUCCAAUGACAGCUUUCUCAGCAGCACUAUUGGGCCCGUGUACGCUCGGGUCUGGUCUGGUCUGCUUACGGUGGCUGGAGAUCGUCUCGCGUGGUGAGAUAACUGGAAUAGUUUCAUGCCAUGUUAGCGGUUCAUAUUCACGAGCAGCAUUGCGUGGCAUACGACGCUGCAAACGUCUCGCAAGUAGUUAUAUACGUAAAUUAAUUUAAUAUGUCUCUCGUCUCACCAAACUUUUAAUACCACCCUCAAAAUAUUAUAUGUCGAGUAUAGAAGUUAAUUAAAAAUAAAUGCCGCUUCAUGUGAAUGGACCUACCCGUAAAACUGACUUAUAAAAGACAUGUUUAUACUGUGUUUUUUGUCUUUGUUUUUAUGUUAGUAUAUAGACUGUUGAUGAUAUAUGAAAUUGCUUUUAUGUGUAUGUCAUAAAACUUAUGUUUGUAGUCGUAAUUAUUUUGUUCGUAAUAUUUUUGUGUAUUUGUAGACUUGCGUAAUAUGUAUUGUAUUGUGUUGUGUAGGAUAUUGAUCUCUAUUGGUAAAACGAAAGUCACUGAGCUUCAUAACAAUAUCAAAUUCGCGCAUUUUAUGCGUAAAAGAUAAUAAAAUGUAUUUACCUAACGAUAAUUACGAUCUAAUUGACUGUGAAAUUUGUACACAACUUAUCGCGUUUCUAAGCAGAUAAUGAAUAGUAAGACAAAUAUUUCACAAUAUUUUUCGAAACUAUAUCUAUUGUAACUGAUAUAUUUUAUCUAUCUAACAUCAAAUUAUCUGAUACUCCGCCUUGAUUCCGUAGAGUAAAUAUACCGAUAAUAUCAUAAUUUAUCACUAACGAACUAUGAACUGACUAAUAUCUAUUAUUUUGGUUUGAUACAUUCUUACUACAUAAAAAGACUGACUAAAUUGUAAAAAAAAAUAAAUAAAAAAAAACAGCUAAUAUUGAUGAUGCAUUUUUAUAAGGACAAUAGUAAGUCAAAAGUAUGACUUUAAGAUCUAUAUCUAUCUAUUUAUUUAGUCCAAACACCUUUAAAGAAUCACAAUUUUAAAACAUACAGAAGAAACACUAUUAUUUUAACUUUAUAGAAACACUUGUCAUAGUAUCCCAUAGGAUACAUUAUACAUAUCUUGGGAUGCUCAUUAUAGUUACAAUUGUAUUGCUGACUGCUAAUAGAAAACUGCUGGACGCAAAUCCUCCAUUAACGUUGUUCACGGUACACGGUGACCCCCAUUACGUUUAACGUGUUAAUAUAAAAUGGUUCUUGCCUAUAAAAUAUCAGCUGAUAAGCAUAAUUGGUGUGGGGCUUAAAACUACAUGAUCCAGUGAUCACACAAUAGAUAGCUUUCUGACAUAGCAGCUAUUAUAACAUAAUAUUAUGUUUAAAGUAGAGUUUGUAUAUAAUUUGUUAAAACGUGUUAUCGAGAGGAACAAAUCUUAAGUUGGUCCGUUACAAAUAAUGUAUUGAGGACUUGUCAAGUAUAAUGUAUGUGAGGAUACAUUGCAUGGAUUCUGAUUGUGAGGUCAACAUUUUUGUUUGUCUGGAUAGACCGUUAAAAUGUACAGUCAAAGGUUAAAGUCCACUGCCACCGUGAGUGAU